UGUCGCUUUUUGCUUGCUAUCAUGCCCUGUAGGCUCCCGCCUCCGCCUGAGCUCCCGCCUCCGCGUACAUAUGCGCCGAGCUGCUCCUCUGCGAUUCAUGUCGACACGGUGGCUACGCUCGUCGGAGUAGCAUGCAAGGACGUGGUCCCACACACUCCUCCGUCGAGCGCUGCUGCCAGUGUCGCUUUCUAGCCGAGCCGUGGAGUGGAUCAGGGUGGCGCGGCGGCGAUGGGCGCACCCUGCUGGCGAUGAAGACGGUGGGUGACGCAAGGCACAUCCCCCGGCGGCAUCCUCUUCGCGUCUUGCGGCGCGUCCAUCCGCAUCGACGCCUUCCCUCCGGUGGCUACACAAGCCUGUAGCGGCGUGUUUUUCGGAUACUCGGAGUCCUCUGUGAGGGGCGAGUGUCGUGUGUUGCCAUUUGGGGUGUUCCCGUGUUUCGUUGCCCUGUGUGCCUUUGAAUUGUCAUACUCAAUUGCAAUGGAUGUGUGGCUUGCCUCUUAAGGCAAGCACAUAUGGCGCAGGCUGGAGCCGUUGCCGUUUCUUGCAAGUGCGUUGGUGCGAGUCAUGGCCGAUAUUUUGUUCUAUUUUGUUGUUGAGUCGACGGCCUCGGAUUCGUUUGUUUUACCCUUGCUGUGUUUCAGCCGGGAGUCGGUGUUCACUAGGUCCCGUGUGUGUUUUUAUGGGAGUUGUAUGCGUUUGUGCGGUGCUUUUUGUCGGUCUGUUUUGUGGGUGUUCUACGAACGCGCGGCCAUUAAUUUUGCGCUUCAAUGUUCAUCUCCCUGCGAUUCACUAUCGCUCUGACGGCCAUAGCGGGACCUUCUCCGGGGCUUCAUUGUCUCUGUUCUACGGCUUCGAGUUUUUGUGCCCUGUAUUAGGAAAUGGUUGAUGCAUGCGUGUGGGUACGUGUCGUGGCACAUGUUUUGUUCUCUUUUGUUGUCAACUCAAGGGCUUCGGAGUCGUCUGUUUUACGGUUGAUGUGUUUCGGUCGAGAGUCGGCUGGGGCACGUGUCUGCUUUUAUCAAAGUCAUAUGCGUUAGGGCGGUGCUUUUCUCGGUCUGUUUUGUGGAUGGCUUUGGAGUCGGGUUUUUUACGGUUGGCUGUGUUUCGGUUGGAAGUCGGCCGGGGGGCCGUGUUUGUUUUUAUCGGAGUCAUAUGCGUUGGUGUGAUGCCUUUGUCGCUAUGUUUUAUGGAUGUAUUACGAACGCGCGGCCUUUUUCCUUUUUUUUCUUUACUGUUCAUCUCCCUGUGAUUCCUUGUCGCUCUGAAGGCCAUGGCGGGAGCUCUUAAGGGCACAGAUCGUGGUCGUGGACAGUUGUUUUUAACUUGAUCGACCCGGGCAUCGUCUUGGUCGUCUUCCGGGGUUUCAUUCUCUAUGUUGUAUGGUUUCGAGUUCUUGGUGGCCCUGUAUCAGCAAAUGGUUCUUGGGCGGUGGAUCCGUUCUUCACGCGUUCAGCCUGUGGUAGGGACUUCAGUGGGGACAAUAUUUUCGUCAUCAGACUAUUCGAAGGAACCAUGUGCCGAAGGUUGCGAUGCGAUAAAAGCGGGGAUUAGUACGAGUAGGGUGCGCCAACAGGCAUUUAGCAGUAGAACCUACCUUGGUUAUAGGGUCGUGUCUGCGUGCCUUUUGUUGAGUCUAUUUCUUUUGAUUUGGAAUAUAUGUACGUUUUGUGGCUGCUUUCGGAGCUGGGCCAGAUCUUCUUUUCGUAUGUCUUUCUAUUUCUGUGCCGGCUCGGUGCCUCGAUGAGCCCUUUAGCUGCAUCUCGAUUUAAUUCCGUGGAGAGAUUUCAGCAGCGGAUAGGUGUCGUCUCGGUGGGGAGGAACUGUGGCAUAUUUGUCGGGCUACUUUGUUCGGAGCUGUUUGUCUUACGGUUACUGUGUUCUCUAGGGUAGUGGGUUGAAGUUGUACCAUGGUGGACAGGCUGCGUGUCGGCUUUUGUCUGCUGUGUGUCUGCUUCUUCUCCCGUUUGUAGGUGUUCUGAGGUGGCGACCGACAUGUGUCGGCAGUUUCUGCACGCAGAGGCUAUAUCGUCUUCUUCUAUGGCAACAUUACGCGUUGGCGAAAAUUCCACACGUCGCUCGUCCAGUCGUCCUGUGAACGGGGUUGUGUACGUGCAGGUCUAGAACGCACCUGUUGUGGCGAGCGACUUGCUUCGGCUGUUUCUGUGUGGAGAGUUUAUAUCGUGUUGUUGGGUGGCUAUGUUAUGCAUUGGCGAAAAGUCCAGAUGUAGCUUGGCCAACAUUUUGUAGAUGGGACUGUACGUGCAGGCGGUUUGAGUUGUUCCCAGACACGUCUUAGGCAUGCACGGGUAAACAGAGGUCGUUCUUCAUGUAUUCGCUUCUAUAUAUGACCGUCUUUUCCUUUCGGGUUUAGUCGCCCAGAUACGUCGGGACCGUGAUUGUUGUGUUGUACGUAGACUAUUGUGAUGUACGUAGAGACUCCAUGUAUCGAGAUGAGUGCUCGAGCCGUAGGCGGUACGGAUUCAUCUCCGGGCGGCGGCCCGCGGCCGCUCGCUGUUGUGCCUCUCAUUAUUCUUCCACCGCCGGACUUCGUAGGUUUACCUCCUGCUAUCAUGUCUGCAGAUGACUCGCCAGUUGACGGGUCGGUGGAGGAAUUGGUGACGUUGAAAAAGGUUACUUGGGAGGGGUCGCACGCUCCCGUUGAUGGCUCUGAGAUGAGGCGGGUUGACUUGGAAGAUGAGCUGGAUGAGGUGAUGGUGGGGGAACCGGAGGAUUGUUGGGUUUCUGACGGUUUCGGGUACAGUGAAGACGAGGACGAGGAUGAAGACAACUGGUUGGGGCGGUACAUGGUAGUGAAGCGUACCAUGGAUGAGUCUGUCCAGUCUGCUCGCCUGCAUGCGGAGGCAGGAGAAUCUGCUUGCGGAUCACCUCGGAUCUCCUCCGUCGACGGUAAGAAGGUCAUCAUUCUGUUCUUGGAUGACGAGGGCGGGGACUGCGAUGAUUGCUAAACGUUGUGUGCAUGCUUGGCAAUCUUAGGUUUUUUUGUCAACGGUGCUACGGUAGUCUGUUGUAGAUUCUUGAUGGCAGUAUGAAUAUACGGUUCCUUGUUUCGAUUGGGCCAUGUAUCUUUUAGUUGAUCCUUAAUGGUUUUCUCC